ACAGACGGUCGGUCGGCGACUGUCCGGUACCCGACCCCCCCCGCCCCCCCCUCCUCACUCCCCCUCGCUCCUCGAGCUGGUCCCGGCCGAAGCCUUCACGGAACAUGGCGUCAAAAUGUCCCAAGUGCGACAAGACGGUGUAUUUCGCGGAAAAGGUGUCGUCUCUGGGGAAAGACUGGCACAAGUUCUGUCUGAAAUGCGAGCGCUGCAGCAAGACGUUGACCGCGGGGGGCCACGCCGAGCACGACGGGAAGCCGUAUUGCCACAAGCCGUGCUACGCCGCCCUCUUUGGGCCAAAAGGCGUGAACAUCGGCGGAGCUGGUUCCUACGUGUACGACGCCCCUGUCAGCGAAGCCCCCGCCGCCGUUUCCAUGGAAACCGACGCCAAGCCGCAGGAGGCGGAGGAGAAAAGGGCCCCGGCACGGGGACCGGUGAAGGCUGCGAGCUUCUCGUCUUUCUCCGGAGGACCCAACAUCUGCCCCCGAUGCAACAAGACGGUGUAUUUCGCCGAGAAGGUGUCGUCUCUCGGGAAGAACUGGCACCGGCCCUGUCUGCGCUGUGAGAGGUGCAGUAAGACUCUGGCUGCCGGCGGCCACGCGGAGCACGACGGACAACCGUACUGCCACAAACCGUGCUACGCUGUGCUGUUUGGACCCAAAGGUGUGAACACCGGCGGCGUCGGCAGCUACAUCUACGACGACCCUGAGGCCGAAGCGCAGCCCUGAGCCCCGACGCCGCCUCCAGGACCUUUGCCGUCUCUCUGAUUUGCCUUCAAGCGUCAUGGUGACAAAUCUAGACAUGCACUGUACUCACGGGGAUGGAUAUUUAGAUGUUGUAUUUGUACAUUGUUAAUAUAUCUAUUUUUUGUACUGAAACAAACCUUUUAACGUGUCCUUCCCCCAGUGUGAGUUUCUGAUUUGCCUCUUUUGGUUCCUUGGUUCUCUUUGCCAAACACUUACGAUGUCGUGGAGCGAAGCGCCUGGGUAUUUCCUCUCACUCGUGAUUGAUAGUUUUUCAGACUUUUGUGCACUUGAAACAUUGUAAUGUACGGAGAGAAAAAAAACCCGAUGAUGUACCAGCCAAACAAUUAAGUAGACGUAGUGAAGAUAUGCACACACACGCGGACGUGUGUUUUACUGAAUGUUACGAUGGUGAGUUUGGGAUCAACGCAUUUUCUACAGUAAAACUGUGUGAUACCAAA